AUCAACUCAACUGCAAGAAAUUUGCUGCUAACGUGCCUGGGUAGAGCUGUCCUAAUUGAUGAUGUGCUUUCCUUCAACUCCAGUGUUUGGAAAAGGCGACCACCAGGAGAGACAAACCAAAGACCCUUCUCCCUAUCAGUACCGGAAGCCUGCGGUUGAGCUGCUGGAUCUGGACACCAUGGAGGACAGCGCUGAGAUAAAAGCGGGAGCGAACACUUCCAUGGCUUCCUGGAUUCAGAGUCACCUGACUGCCCACGGGAAGAGGGUCAGCAGAGCCCUCAGUUACAUCACAGGGGAGAUGAAGGAGUGCGGCGAGGGGCUUAAAGACAAAUCCCCAGUGUUCCAGUUCCUCGACUGGGUCCUGCGGGGCACGUCGCAGGUGAUGUUUGUGAACAACCCCCUCAGCGGCAUCCUCAUUGUGCUUGGCCUCUUCGUCCAGAACCCCUGGUGGGCCAUCUCGGGCUGCUUGGGCACUGUUGUGUCCACUUUGACAGCCCUCAUCCUGAGCCAGGACAGGUCGGCCAUCGCGGCAGGACUCCACGGCUACAACGGGGUGCUGGUGGGGCUGCUGAUGGCCGUGUUCUCAGACAAAGGCAACUAUUACUGGUGGCUUCUGCUCCCCGUCAUCAUGAUGUCCAUGUCGUGCCCCAUCCUCUCCAGUGCCCUGGGGACCAUCUUCAGCAAGUGGGACCUCCCGGUCUUCACGCUGCCCUUCAACAUAGCCGUGACCCUCUACCUGGCAGCCACCGGCCACUACAACCUCUUCUUCCCCACUACGCUGCUGCAGCCUGCAUCCUCCACACCCAACAUCACCUGGUCAGAGGUCCAAGUGCCCUUGCUUCUGAGAGCCAUCCCCGUAGGAAUUGGCCAGGUCUACGGCUGUGACAACCCCUGGACUGGAGGCAUUUUCCUCAUAGCUCUGUUCAUCUCGUCCCCUCUCAUUUGCUUGCACGCUGCGAUCGGCUCCACUGUGGGGAUGUUAGCAGCCCUCACUAUCGCGACGCCCUUGGACUCCAUCUACUUCGGCCUGGGCGGCUUCAACAGCACGCUGGCCUGCAUCGCCAUAGGGGGCAUGUUCUACGUCCUGACCUGGCAGACGCACGUCCUGGCCGUCGCCUGCGCCCUGUUCGCGGCCUACCUGGGCGCCGCCCUGGCUAACGUGCUCUCCGUGUUUGGACUGCCACCAUGCACCUGGCCCUUCUGCCUCUCGGCGCUCACCUUCCUGCUCCUAACAACCAACAACCCCGCCAUCUAUAAGCUUCCGCUCAGCAAAGUCACCUACCCAGAGGCCAACCGCAUCUACUACUUAUCCCAGGAGAAAAACAGAAGAGCAUCAACCAUAACAAAGUACCAGGCCUAUGAUGUCUCCUAGACUGCCUUUUCCAAAACAUGUCACUGUACAUUCAGCCUUCAGCAGGUUGUCCAGGUCUCCAGGCUGAAGACCAUGCAACCUCCCUUUCUGUCUGUUCUGCGAUUUUCCCCUUAAGCAAGCCUACACCCUAGUUAUUCCCCCACAUAAGGACAAACGUGUGUAGUCACCAUUUAGGGACCUCUCAUUUCUAAGAUGUACAACACUUAUCAAAGAUACAGUUAGUUUAGACUUCAUACCCAUAGCUCACUCCAGAAGAGCUCCCUUUGAGGUGAUUUGCCCUCCUCUGCAAAAUAAGUCACAUCCCUAAAAAGAACUCAUCAAGAAGGAGACAGAGAUUGGUAGCAUGGGCCUCCAACUCAGGCAUGUCAUGGAGCCGUGCACAGUACCAGGGAACAUGCAUCAACCUGGAGGGUGAUGGGAUGGUUCUGCCCCAGCCCUGCCUCUAGUGAGCUCCUGCCAUCUUGAGUGAGCACAUCCCUGCUCUCAGCCUUGACUUCCUAGUUUCAUGACAGGGAGGGACUCUACAGUUCUCCCACAUCAGAAGUGUUGAUUCUUCUCUCUCUCUCCCAUAAACUGAUGAAAUCAGCAUGACCAUCAAGUAAUUACUUUGAGUAAAUAAUAGAUGGAGGGCUUCCCUGGAGAAGAGGCAGGAAAACGUUAAUAUUCUGAGAUUUGUUCUUGAGUCACAAGCAGAUACUCUCCAGACUUGGUGUUAGGAAACUAAAGUCACUGGAAAUGCCAACAUGCCUUCCUUUACAAAAUAGAAAUAUUUCUGGAAAUGUCAUAAGAUGAAAACUGAUCUUUUUCAACAUUCAAAUCAUGUUUUAAACCAAUGUAUUUUCUUUGAUAGUAUUCAUAAGCAUUCUC